AACAUGCAGCCUCCGCACGUGCCCGCUUGGAAGCUACGGACCAGCUGCCAGCCAUGUAACCAUGGGUGAUGUUCCUUCACUUGCUGAUUUGCUGGGGCAGUUGGACCAAGAGGAGGCUCAAGAUGGGCAGUUAGUGGAAGACCAUUCAAGACAAGAGGACGUUCCUUUGGUUGGCGAUUUGGUGACGGCGCUUUUGAAGGCUUUGCCUGGUGAAUUGGCAUCGGCGAUUGGUUUUUGUGGCAUGUCGCUGGCGGUGCUUCCCAUGCAACAGCGCGCCUUGGACAGGCCGCUUGGAACGGGCAUGGAGUUCGACGACAGGCUAAGCCCGCAAAGCUUGCUCGCUGAGCUUCAGGCAAACGAGGCAGACCUGUCACGCAAGACAAGCAGUGAGGUGGCGCAGGAGAUCUUGGCUUUGCAAGAAUGGCGGCGGCAGAUGUCAGCUCGGCUUCAAGUGUUGGAAAGGCACCUGGCCUGGAGCAUGCUGGGGAUCGAGCGCACGGAUGACACAGCUGCAAUAAGCAAGGCUUUUAAGCGUCGAGCACUGGAGUUACAUCCAGACAAGGGCGGAGACCAGCAGCAAUUCCAAUUGCUUCAGGACAUGAAGGCGCUUUUGAUCCCUGACGCCCCGACAAAAUCAAAGUCAGAAACUCAGGCUGCUGACGAAGGAGACUCCGACACUGAUGACGAAAUCGGUAACCUGCUGGAGCCACGCAAGGAAAGAAUGCCAGAGACAGAGAAGCCAAGUACCGUGCCUACCAUCUCACUUCGUAAGAAAUUGCACCAGGCUACGCUGCUGGCAUGGGGGCGUUUUCAAGAGUUGGGCAUGCAGCUCGCCCAACAUGAAAGUGACAAGAACGCACAGCGUGAAGUGCUCGGUGCGUUCGAGGCUUUUCUUUCGCAAUUUGCCACGGAGCAACCAACAGGCACGGCGUUGCGUUUUGAUCAAUUCAUCCAAAGAGGCUCCGAACUUGUGUGUGCAGCUACUUUGGUCGAUGAAGGGGCCGCCCUUUCCGCAGUUGCUCACCUCACUCAGACUCAUUCUGCACAAGAUGAUCGCUGGGGCCGACUGCUGGAAGCCUUGCCAAAGCUGGCAGACAAUGUGAAACAGUUCGCAGCGCUGGUCUCUACCAGCAGCAACCAGGCAAGCUCAAAUGGAGAAGCUGCGGUGCAUGUUGCCGGGAACGAUCCGGAGAGAAGCUUAAGCACUGCUGCUGAAUUGAUCCAGCAGCUUGAGCACGCGGAGAAGAAACCAGACGGGCUUUGUGGCUACAACAAGCUGAACACAGAAGGCCAAAAUGCAGAGCGACCUCAUGCAGCUGGCUGCGUUUGUACUGUUUGCCUUCGGCGGCGCUGGGGUUUUCGGCGCUGAGCGUGGGAAUGUGCGAGCUGUGGCUUAUCCUGGGCCCUUUGGGCGAAUGCCUUCGAGAUCAGCACCUGGGCCGGGCAGGGCGUUGGAGUGCCGUGCGUGCAACUCACAGCUUGGCAAAAGCAGCAGCAAGCAGUACCGGGCUCGGAUAUUCGUCCAGCAGGAUUUGCUGGACUUCGGUAUCAAGUCACG